AUGGCCGACAAUACUGCCCCCAAAACGAACGGGCACUCUUCCUCCCCGCUGCAAUCACAUUCCGCUGCUGCUGCUGCUACCGCAACUGCCUCCUCGCAACCUGCUCCUCCUGCCAUGCCACCAAUCCAGAGUACCAGCGUCCCAAUGACUUCCGUCCAGGACAAUGGCUUUGGCAAGAGGCCCCGCGAUGCCCGUCUUAUCCACAUGCUCCUCUCUUCCCUCGGCGUCACUGCAUACCAAGAACGUGUCCCAUUGCAGCUCCUGGACUUCGCCUACCGACAUUCAUCUUCCAUUCUUUCCGAUGCCCUUCACCUGUCUUCCGACGCAUAUGUUUCACAACAGACUCGCGCAAGAGACGCGCCGCCGGGAGGGGGUUUCCGGGACGCGGACGGGCAAGUCAGUGCCAAUGCCGUACAACUAGCCAUUUCGAGUCGGUUACAAUAUCAGUUUAGCGGUGGGAGUGGCGGCGGGGGCCUGAGCAAGGAAUUUCUGCUGGAGACAGCUCAGGCACGGAAUAAGGUUGCCUUGCCGAGAGUUUUGCAGAACGAGUGGGGUGUUCGACUGCCUAGCGAGCGGUUCGUGAUGACUGGUAUACCCUGGGGACUUAAAGGGGAGUGGGUGACGGCUGAUGAGGAUUCGGGGGACGUCGUUAUGGGCGGCGUAGGGCCUUUGGAUGAGGGCGUUGAGGGUGGUGAAGAGGGUGGAACAAUGGAGGAUCUGUUCGGCGGUGAUGCGGAUCAGGAUAUGGACAAGGACGACUGA